AUGAGUUCAAGCACAGUGAUUGUUUUUCUUAUUUCUUUCUUCAUCUUCUCAUUCUCAAAUGCACAAGAGGACUCAUCUGUGCUUUUGAGCUUCAAAAACUCCGUGGAAGAUCCAUCUAAAACUUUAUCCAGCUGGAAUAUAAGUGAUAACUUCUGCCAGCACUGGAAUGGCGUAGCCUGCACGACAAAAGGCCGAGUUUCCGUUCUUGAGCUUGAGCAUUUAACGUUACCGGGCUCGCUCUUGGUUUCCACAAUCAAUGCUCUACCUUUCUUACUGGAGCUAUCUGUCUUGGGAAGCAACUUCACUGAUGCCAUGAAUUCCUCUGAACAUGCCUGCUCACUUGAGAUGAUCAAGCUGUCAAGUAACCAAAACAUGACCUUCACGAGCAGUUUUGAUGCUAUGCUCAGCUGCCAAGGUCUAAAGGUUCUCAAUCUUUCAAACAAUCAAAUUGAUGGUAAGAUAGAAGUGCCAAUAGGCAAUGCUUUGGAGGUAAUAGAUGUUUCACAUAACUUACUUAGUGGUGAGGUGCCCCUCUUCCUGUCUUCACAGUGCAGGAGGUUGAGAUAUCUAGACCUCUCCCACAAUCAUCUCACCGGAGAACUUCCAGUGGAUCUUCUUAAAAAUUGUACUAAUCUGCAGCAAAUCUCUCUGGCCUACAACAGCUUCCAUGGCCCGUCAUUUCCCUCUAUUCACUCCUUGCCAUCGCUGGAAUUUCUCGAUGCUAGCUUCAAUAACUUCACAGGUCCAGUUCCCGCAAUUCAUGAGAACCUCAAGCAUCUUAAUCUCAGCUCAAACAGUUUCAAUACAACCAGGGAAAACUUAUGUCCAUCGCUCAACUCCUCGAGGCUGGAGAGUCUGAUCCUGGUCAACAACAAGCUCACCGGAAGGGUAUUGGACAGUGUCUUGAAUUGCUCCAGCCUUAAGAUGUUGGAUUUGAGCUUCAACUUGUUAGCAGGAGAAAUUCCAAGCACUAUCUGCAAACAACUUCCCAAGCUCGAGCAUUUCCUUGCGUGGGUAAACAACCUCGAAGGGCAACUUCCCCCAAACUUGGCCUCAUGCAGCAACCUCACCAAGAUCAUCCUCACUUUCAACAAUCUCAGUGGAAACAUUCCACCUGAGCUGUUAUCCAACACAAAGAGCCUCCAAUGGUUAAGUUUGAGUAAUAACAGAUUGAGUGGAGAGUUUCCUGAUUCAUUGGAGCAUGCAAAUGAGCUGUUAGUGCUUCAGUUGAGCAACAACAGCCUGCAGGGCAAGCUGCCCAGCAACAUGACCGUCCAGACGAUAAAUCUCCGCGGAAACAGCUUGAGCGGGAGGAUUCCAGCCUCUUUGAAUGGUUUCGAAGGCAGCAAACUUGCCAAGCCCAACGUUGCGGGGACGAGCUUGAAGAUAGCCUCAGGGAUCAAGACAUGUGGGUGCAUGGACAGCAUUUUCAUGCUACAAGGAAUCUAUUUGGAAGAAAUGGGGAGUCUACUCACAGCCAAGAGUGGUGGCUGCAAAUGCUCCAUAAGUUUCCUUCCAGCAAGCUUUUAUGGUUUCUCCACCUCCAGUCCUUCCUUCAUCGAUGUUUCAUUCAACAAAUUGGUGGGAGGCAUCCCUCGCGAGCUUGGGAGCAUGCAGGACGCCACUUACAUCAGCCUUGCGCACAACUUCCUGUCGGGAACAAUCCCAGAGGAGCUCGGGGAUCUCAAGAACAUGAUAGGAAUGGAUUUGUCAUUCAAUGGUCUCCAAGGAAGCAUUCCAGGCUCGUUUUCCUCGCUCCAGUCCCUCACAGGGUUGAAUGUGUCUCACAACAACUUGUCCGGUCCGAUUCCACAGGGUGGCCAGCUUGCGACACUUGAUGCCAGUAGCUACGCAGGAAAUGCCGGUCUUUGUGGCUUCCCUCUAGCGUCGUGCACCACAUCGCCACCAACAGCGACAAAUCGUGCUGACCAUGGCUAUGGUGGAUUUGGACCGGUUCUUGCGGUGAGCUUUGCAAUUGGGGUGGUGGUCUCAGUUAUCUGCUGCACAAUGGUAGUCACCAUUGAUAGUAAAAAACGCUUUGUGGAGAGAGCUUGCUAUGGAUGA